AUGAGAACUACUUCUAUCCUUAACACUUUGGCCGUUGCGUCGCUGGUAGCUGCUGCUCCUUUGAACCACCGUCACCACCUCCACAAGAGAGACGCUAAGGUUGUCGUUGUGACCCAGACAAUCGUCGUUGACGGUAGCGGAAACACCGUUGACUCUGGUUCUCCAACCUCGACCAUUGAGGCUUCGUCUUCUGCUGCCGUCACCAUCUCGACCAAGUCGACCUCUUCUACCGAGACCUCGUCUACUGCCGAGGCUUCUUCGACUGAGGAGGCUUCUUCUUCGACUGAGUCGGCAGAGGUUUCGUCGACUUCCUCUUCCUCUUCCUCUGCCUCCACCAAGACAUCCUCCUCGUCAUCUUCCAUCUCGGGAGAUCUUUCUGAUUUCUCCGACCCAACUGAAAAGUUCGAGGAUGGAACCAUCAAGUGUUCGGACUUCCCAUCCGGAAACGGUGUUGUUCCUCUGGAAUGGCUUGGAUUUGGCGGAUGGGCCUCUGUCAUGAACGAGAACGGUGACACCUCCUCCAGCUGUGAGGAUGGUUACUACUGCUCGUAUGCCUGUCAGGCCGGUAUGUCCAAGACUCAGUGGCCUUCUGAGCAACCAUCUAACGGAAUUUCUGUUGGUGGUCUUUACUGUAAGGACGGUUAUCUUUACAAGUCCAACUCCGACUCCGACUAUCUUUGUUCUUGGGGUAAGGAGACUGCCAAGGCUGUCUCUGAGGUUGAUGAUGUCAUUGCUAUCUGCCGUACCGACUACCCUGGUUCCGAGAACAUGUGUGUUCCAACUCAGUUGGAUGCUGGUUCUUCUGCUCCUCUCUCCGUCGUUGACGAGGACUCGUACUACCAAUGGCAGGGAAAGAAGACCUCCACCCAGUACUACGUCAACAACAAGGGUGUUUCCGUUGAAGACGGAUGUAUCUGGGGUGAUGACAGUGGCACUGUCGGUAACUGGGCUCCUCUCGUCGUUGGUGCCGGUUACACCAACGGUAACACUUACCUGUCGCUGAUCCCUAACCCAAACAACAGUGACGCUCCUAACUACAGCGUGAAAAUUGUUGCCACGGAUGGCUCCUCCAUGAACGGUGACUGUACCUACAUCGACGGUGUCUUUUCUGGAGACACCACCGACGGUUGCACUGUGACCGUUACCUCUGGUUCUGCCAAGAUCGUCUUCUAUUAA